AUGUCAACUGUCCUGAAUAAGAUUGCUGAAAAAACAGAAAGUGAGCAUGUUGAUCUUGUGCUGGAAUUAUUCUACGAACUCAGCAGUGCAUCAUCAUUCGACAUUUGGGUGAUGCCAGUCUUUGGAAGAUUCGCUCAAAAGAUAAUUGAGGAAAAAAAUGACGCAGAAUUGCCGAAAAUUUUCAAAUUCUAUGCGAUUUUGUGUGCGAAACGAAAACCGCUCACCAAAACGAUAGGUAAUUGUUUGAGAAGGCUCUGA